AAUAGGCAGAAAUAGACAAUAUUUUUAUAUACGAUAUUAAUAAAUAAUGUAAAUUAUAUUAUACUUAUUUAGUAGUUAAGUACUUAAGUAUUUGUUAUUUUAAUUUUGAAAAUUAUUACCCGUUACUUGCUAAGUAAUAUGAAAUAAAUGGCUUUAUUAUUAUUAACAUAUUUUAGUACAAAUUAAAGUAUAUUAAUCCAUGUCUCUUAAGUUAAAGAAGGGUUUUAUUUUGUUUAUCUGCCGACCUUAAUUUUUUUUACUAAAUACCUAUUUUAUUCUGAUUGCUGUGUAUUAUGUCGUCAGUAAAGGAAGUUUUCAAAAUUAGUUUUCAACUUUUGGCUCAACAAACUGAUAAUGUUAUCAAAGAUUUCUUGAGGCUCACCAAAGAUUUUAUGGACAACGGACCUAAUUCAAGUCUUUAUAAUAAAGCUGCAGAAAAAUUGCAGAUUGAUGAGGAUAAAAUUAUAUCAAUUGUAAAAAGCAUAUGUCUCAUGUGUGUGCAAAGCUGUAAGCAUAAACUAACUGAUUUGGAAAUAAAAGAAUCACUGACAGAAUAUGGUUUUAAUGAAACUAAAUUAGACAUGAUUAUAUUAUUUUUUGAAAACCAAAAACCCUACUUACUAGAUAUUUUAUCAUCUAGUGCGUUGGUAUUCCCACACUUCAAAGAACUAGAGUGGCGAUUUGAAACUGAUAUGGGAUCCAGAUCUUUAUUACAUCAAACCGUACCAGUUGUUACAUUGAAAUUAGAUUUAGAAAAAAAGGGUAUUUCCGAAUCAUUAUUCCUACAAACAAAUCCAUUAAACUUGGUUCAUAUCAAAGAUACGCUAGAGGCUGCUUUGAAACAGAAUCAAUCCCAAUGGAUAAGGAAAAUACGUAGAAAAUUGAAAUAAAGUUAUUUUAAAUUUUACCUUCACAAUGAAAUAGUAUGCAUAAAUGAUGACCAACAAUGGUAAAUAAUAUGCAAAUAUUGCAUAUACCAAAACAUAACUACGACUGUGCCAUGCCAGAGUUAAAUAAUCAGUGCCACAUGCUGUCAUAUUUGCUUCUGGUACAUAUCUACAAGACAUACAUUUAAAUCAUGCUUUAAAUACAGUUUUUUUUUUAUUUACCGGCUCCAUCCAAAAAAUGGGGUUAAAGUCCAGAAAAGACCAUGCAGAUAUAUACAAAAUAUUUGUAAUAGUGCUAACUUGGUUGUCAUAGGUUUUGCAGAUAAUCCCUUAAACAUACAAAUUGUAUUUUAUCCUUUGAGAAUUCAAUAAAUAAAUGAUUUAUAUAAUAUUAUGAUAUUA